AUGGAUAGUCAACCUGAUUUAAAUUUGCGAAAUGAAAAUGUUUGUCAAGAAAUAGAAAAUAUUAUGAAAUUUCGAUUAGAUUUAGGUAUUGAUGGUUUUCUAAUUGAUGCUACUCAAGACAAAAAUGUUGAUGUCAAUAUGCCAUAUUAUGGAUUAAAUCGUUGGUCGAGAGGACAUGAGAUGGUUAUUAAUUUUUUUAUUGCCUAUUUUCUUGGAGAAAAACCAGAAGAUCAAACGGGAGAUGGCUUAGCCAAAUUUACUGAAUCAUGGUUAUCAAACUUGCCAAGUGGUGCAUGGUCUACAUGGAUAUUAAGUUCACAUGAUAGUAAACGUUUCAAACAAUAA